AAUUAAAAAGAUAGGAAUUUAUCACAGUUUGUCUUGAUACAGAAAGACUUUUUAGGUUCAAUUUUACAUUUUGGAAGCUUUUAAACGGUCAACAAACCGGUUUCUUAUUUCACUCCGGUGUCCAUUCCGCGCAAUUUCCUUUAUUAUCGGUUACCGAGUGUAAAAUCUGGCAGUAAAGCUUGUACGGUGUAUGCAGCAGAGGCUGAAAGCAGUGCACAGCUGGAAUUUGCCGUUAUAUACGUGGACACACAACAAGUUGCUCAGUUGCUGACACUAAACUCUAUCUUACCAUUCUUUCAUCUUUUUGCACUUUUUUUAAAGUUGACGUCACUUUCCAACCGAUUGUUUUUCUUCCAUUUCCUCACUGGGUUCCAUCAUUGGACCAAAUAAACGAACAAUCGUUCCACUGUUAAGACGAUUUGUUGAUUUUAGUCUGCCAUGGACAUUUUUUGAAAACAAAAGCUGACUUGUCUUUUUCAGCAAUAUUGAAAUAAGAUGUUUGGGACGGUAUGGAUUUUGAUUCACCGGGUACCACCUACAUUUUUCCUGAUGUGAUGCAACCCCCAAUAGAGCUUGAAACUGUCAACCCCCUGCCAAGCAGGGGUUGGCCGGGUGGAGUUAAGGGACAUGUUCGCUCUGCAAGUCAUGGUGUCAUCGGAGUUUCCUUAUUGAAUCCAACAUUACAUCCACAGCCCUCUUCGCCAUCCCCUGCAAUUGGAUUAUUGGAGGCAGCUUCAGGAUUGAAUAAAGGGGAAAGAUCUUCACAAGAUGCUUCUUCUGCCAAUCCAACAGUUUUAAAACUUCCUUAUACAGGAAUUCUACGCCAGGGCCAUACUAGAGCAUUAUCUCAAGGUCAGAUUCCUAAUCAGCAAGUCCAACCUACUAAAGGACACAGUCGGACUGGUUCUCGGACGGAUUUCCUCCUGCCCCCUGGCCACCAGGAUCGAACAACCAGUGGUGCAGUCCAUGGUACUAGACACAAAAGACAGGUUUCCCGAACCCUGUCAAACGAUGUCUUCACUAAGGGCCAUUCACGGCAAGCUUCUAGGACGGAAUCAAUUUACACGAUUCGACAGACCCGAAUCCCAUGGGUUAACCGAUUUCUUUUCUGGAGGCAAGCAAAAACUCCUGAGCCUCCCAGAAUGCGUACUGUCGUACCAAAUCAUGCUGUACCACCCAGUGUUAAAGCCAAGCACCAUCCAAAUAAAGCCUACAGCGAUAACGCCAUCCGCACAUCCAAAUAUACCCCACUUUCUUUCAUUCCAAAGAAUUUACUGGAACAGUUUCACCGCUUUGCCAAUCUCUACUUUCUCUUCAUCGUGCUUUUAAAUUGGAUACCAGCUAUCAGCGCUUUUGGCAAGGAAGUGGCUAUGAUUCCGGUCAUUUUCGUAUUGGGAGUGACUGCCAUCAAAGAUGCAUUCGAAGAUUAUCGCCGUCGGCAAUCUGACUUACGCAUCAACAACUCUACGUGCCGCGUGUAUCGGGUGGAAGAAGAUCGAUACGUUCGCGUCCUUUUCUCUGAGGUGAAGGUUGGCGACAUUAUUCAUCUUUCCUGCGAUGAAAUCAUUCCUGCAGACCUUCUCCUAUUACGAUCUUCAGAAAAGCAAGGACUCUGUUUCAUAGAAACUUCCAAUCUGGAUGGAGAAAACAAUUUGAAGCAGAGAAGCGCACCUCAAAUGAUGCUGUCCAAACAACAGAAUUUCCAACCCAAGGCGUUUGUCAGCCAUGUCGAGUGCGAGGCACCUACCACAAAGAUUUACCAAUUCCACGGCGCUAUUGUCAAUCCGGAUGGCUCACGAGUUCCGGUUGGCCGAGAAAAUCUUUUACUUCGGGAUUGUGCAUUGAAAAACACCGACUUUGUUGAGGGUAUCGUCGUGUAUGCCGGCCACGAAUCCAAGGCCAUGCUUAACCACGGUGGCCCACGUUACAAGCGAACCCAGCUGGAACAAGCCAUGAACAUGGACGUAGUGUGGUGUGUGGUGAUUCUGGUUUUGCUGUGCCUAGCUGGUGCUUGCGGCUGUGGACUGUGGUUAAAAUCGUACGUACCACAUCUUCCGGUUCCAUUUCUUCCAUUGGUCGAGUUUCACGCUGGCGAUAAUGUCACGGCUGGCAGUGAGCCCGACCCCUUUUAUCAGGCUUUUCUCGCCUUUUGGACCUACGUUAUUAUUUUACAAGUGAUGAUACCCCUGUCACUCUAUGUGACUAUCGAGCUAGCCAAGCUCAUCCAGAUCUUUCAUAUCCAUAACGACCCUCAUCUAAGGGAUCCCAUUACCAACCAGGCGAUCGAGUGUCGAGCGCUCAAUAUCACUGAAGAACUGGGUCAAAUUCAGUACAUCUUUUCUGAUAAAACGGGAACGCUAACUGAAAACAAUAUGAUUUUCCGACGAUGCUCGGUCGGUGGAAUCGAUUACAAUCAUCCGCAUAUAAAUAAAGAUGCUCCACCUCUCAAACCCGGUGAACGUCAAAAAAUUUAUCCCAAUCCAAGGUUGCAAGAAGAGUUGAAACAAUUUGAACUUCAGCGUCGUGCCGUCUUCGAAACAUCGGAUUCAGACGUCGAGAGCAGGCCGCACAUAAACGUGCAAGCAAGAAGAUUGGAAGAAUUCUUUGUUUUAAUGGCCGUCUGCAACACAGUGGUAGUGGCGAAGAAACCCCAUCGUGAUCGCAUGAACGACGUUGGCCAAAUUGAACUCUCUGGGGUCGAUUGUUCUGUCCACAUUAGUCACGCUGUCGAUGAUUGUGAAGGCGAAAGCAUUAUCUCAGAUCGUGGGCCGUCACCCUCCAUCGAGUCAGGUUCUGUCAGUAUGUCUUCCACAACCCUUAUCGUUCCUCCUGACUCGACUAGCACCCCAUCGCAUUCCACCAACAUCCUCGAUCAGAGCACCAACGCAACGCCUAAACGACCAGGCAAUUUGUCUUUCUUUUCUGCAGGGAGACAUUCAGCGCGGUACAGACCGUCGAAUCAGCAUAACAUUCAACGACCUCUUUCGCCAAUUGAUUCUUCGGCCGAGACUACGCCUUCUGAAUCGCCAGCUCCACCUUUGAGACCGCGAUUUCUCCAGUUGCCCAGUUUGGCGUCUGCCCAAUCUUUUUUCAGCUUAAGACGAUCAUCGACCCCGACGUCCGACAUAUCUACCUCACAGCCGGCCACACCGUCUAGUGACAGGAAAAAUUUUUACGAGGCCGAAAGCCCUGACGAACUGGCCUUGAUUGACGCGUCCUGCUGUUACAAUAUCCGCUUGUUUCAGAGGUCCGUCCAUCACGUCGUCGUCUCCCUUCCCGGCGAAGGUACUACUGAGUAUGAAGUCCUUGAGGUCCUGCCCUUCGAUUCUACGCGUAAACGAAUGUCAAUCGUGUUACGUCGGCCAGAAACCCGACAGAUUGUCGUCUAUUGCAAAGGGGCGGACUCUGCUAUCCUUCCUCGCUUGGCCUAUACCCAGAGUUUCGCCGAAAAUCAAAUUAUUCAACGAACGGAGCACCACGUAAAUCAAUAUUCGAAGCAGGGCCUUCGAACUCUUGUCAUGGCCAAACGAGUACUUAGUGAAGAGGACUUUGCCGUCUGGUUAGUUGCACAUAACGAAGCAAAGGCGGCACUUGAAGGUCGAGAACGUCUCCUCUACGAGUCAUAUUGCAGGUUAGAAAGGGAUUUAAGCCUUCUCGGAGCCACUGGUAUCGAAGAUAAGUUACAAGACCAAGUGCCGGAAACCAUUAGCUGCUUGCGCAAGGCUGGCAUUGUUGUCUGGGUACUAACUGGUGAUAAACAGGAAACAGCUGUCAAUAUCGCCUACGCUUGCAGCCUUUUUUCGCCGGAUAUGGAGGUUAUCAAGUUAAAUGCCAGGAGCAAAAAUGCCGCAGAAGCCGCUAUUCACUGUCAUCUUGAUGCUAUCCAAAGAGAAUUGGUUACUGUUGCGAGUGCCAAUGAAACCGGAAAUAGGCUCCGUUCCUUUUUCCCCUUAGCCUCCGACAAUUCCAGCAUGGUGGUCAAGCGAAAGGCUUUGGUUGUUGAUGGAAAAACGUUGUUGUAUAUACUGGACAAACGUUCGAAUCUGCAGAAACCAUUUCUCCACUUGACGCGUCAUUGCGCCGCAGUUUUGUGCUGCAGGGCAACGCCACUCCAGAAGGCAUUUAUUGUAAAGAUUGUCAAACAGCAGCUGCACAUCCGCACCCUUGGCAUAGGAGACGGAGCCAAUGACGUUUCUAUGAUUCAAACAGCAGAUGUGGGAAUAGGAAUUUCAGGCGUUGAGGGAAGACAGGCUGUAAUGGCCUCCGAUUUCGCCAUUCCGCGCUUCAGUUUUCUUUUGCGGCUACUUUUGGUGCAUGGCCACUGGUGUUACGACCGGUUGGCACGCAUGGUUUUGUACUUCUUUUACAAGAACGCCAACUUUGUCUUUGUGAUAUUCUGGUAUCAAUUGUACUGUGGCUUCUCAGGAACAGUGAUGGUUGACCAAAUUUAUUUAAUGUUUUUCAACCUCUUUUUCACGUCGCUCCCUCCUCUCGCAAUGGGGAUCUACGACCAGAGUGCUUCAGCGGAAUUGCUCCUCUCUCAACCUCUUUUGUACGCUGUCGGGCGUGAAGCACAGCUCUACCGCUCACACUCGUUUUGGGUGAACAUUAUCGACGCUCUCUAUCAAAGCACAGUGAUAUUCUUCAUAGCUUACUGCGCUUAUGGUGACACGGCGGUGGAUUUGUGGGAAUUUGGCACACUGGUGACGUCAUCCUGUAUUUUUGUCAUGUUGAUUCACAUUGCAUCCGAAUUCAGAUCCUGGACUGGACUUCAUUUCCUGUCACUGCUUGCGUCCAUCUCCUUGUACAUGGGCUUCGCCCUGACUUAUAACGCCGUUUGCGUCGAUUGUCCUGGUCUUCCGAAUCCUUAUUGGGUCAUGCAGCACUGUCUUACCACAUUACUUUUUUGGGCGACGCUUAUCCUCACCUGUGUCUUGGCGUUCAUCCCCAGGUUCACGAUUAAGGCACUGUUCUGCCUGAUCCAACCUUCUGUCGUACAUCAAGCUUUGCUGGAUCAAAAGAUUUCUGAACGUAGUAAAAAACAAGACCUCAGAGUCUCUUGGUCGAGAACUUCCACUCGCUUGACUGUCGUUCGAACCAACGACAACUAGAAUCAUUGCUCGUAACCAAAGCUUUUUUUUUUUCAAUUUUUAUUAUUUCUCUCUCGACCUGAUGUAAGUUUUGUUAGCCAAAAUCUGUUGUGCCGUCUGACGGCAUUUUAUUUUUGCGAUCAACCGCGAUUGGUUUCAAAGCGCACUAGCGAGAAUCUCUUUAUCGAUUUUUUUUUCUUUAGAAAAAAAUUCCCUUUACAGCUAAAUAUUGCACAUAGUUUCAACGAUUCCCAUUGAGUUGGUGGGAUGAUACGCUUGACCAUGUUCAGCGUGUACACACUUAUCGACAUGCGAUGAAAAGUGCCUUUUUUCUCUCUCUUUGACUUUUUAAUGUCCUCUAGAUUCGGUGCUCCUCGUUUCCCCCCUUUUUUUUCUUGGUUGAAAAAUCCUUUUCGUCGGCAAUGGAGUUCUUUUCUCAUCAUUUCCGGCCCCACAGUUCCUCAACUCAAUGACCAUCUGCGAUUUGCCAACUCACAUUCCUUUUAGGCUCCCUUAUCUCACUGUUCCAUCUCUUCCAAAGUAUCAAAAUGUGGGUCGCCGUUUCUCUUUCUUCCUUGUCACUUUGACAACAAGUUCAAUGGCCGGUGAACUACGUAGAACUUUUUUUCGCAGUUGUUUGUCCUUGGGUCUUGUAUGGAAUUCCCAGUCGUGCCAUAUUAUACAAUCAUUUACAAGAAGAAGAAGAAGAAAAAAGAGGACGACGGAGAAAGGAAAUCCAACUGUGCGUGGUACGAAUGUGAAAUGAUGCAGAGAGUAUCUCUCUUUACUUACACGUUUUUCUCUUUCCCUCCGCAAUCAAGGAAAUGACAAAACAAAAUGUCAACGGUUGUUUAGCCUUUUUUGAAAAUCUAGUUGACUUUGGCGUAUUUAUUAUACAAUACCUGAGCGAUAAUGGUCAACCUAUAAUAAGUACCCGUAAUAUUUCCCUUUUUUUUAUUUUUGGGUUCUCUUUUUAGACAAUGUGUAAAGAUUGCGUUUCCAAUUGUCAUUAAUGUACCUUGGCGAAAGUUAAUUAAUAUUUGAAGGAUAAUCUAAGUUUUUUUUUAAUGAAAUAAUCUUUCUCGUUUUGUGGAAGGCAACCAACGACUCUCUAAAAUUUUUGUUCUAUCAUCCCUAGCCGCAGCGACGAUUCAAUUUCAGCCCUCUAGCGCGUUAUGUGGGUCCCACAAUGUGAUGUGCAUGUGUGUUUGAAAUAUAUAUAUUGUUUUAAAAUGA